AUGGCCCUUUCAAGUGUCCAAAACUGUGUUAAGGUCAUAGACGACCUUGCUCUCCACGACGAAGACUACACUACACACCUUCAUCGUAUCCACGAAGUGCUCACCCGGUGCCGCAAGUUUGGGAUCACACUCAACAAGGAUAAAUUUGUGGUCGCUGCACCCUCCGUGAAUUUCUGUGGGUACAAUCUCUCAGGAGACGGCAUCUCAGCUGAUAAGCAGAAAGUCAGUGCCAUCAAGGAUUUCCCAACCCCUGUUAACCUGACAGACAUCAGAUCGUUUAUGGGAUUGGUCAACCAGUUAGCGGAGUUCACGCCUGACAUCUCCAUUGCAGCCCAACCUUUACGUCCCCUGAUGAGUCCCAAGAGAACAUUUGUUUGGACUCCCGACCAUGAUGAAGCAUUUCAACGUGUCAGGUUAGCUCUCACCAGUCCACCAGUUCUUGCCCUCUUUGACCCAGACCCUACCUGUUGUUCUUCAGACGGACGCUUCACGCCUCCACGGCAUUGGAUAUGCCCUCCUGCAGGACCAUGGUAA